AUGGGGGCUGAAAAGCAGCAAUCGACGGGGAAUUCUUCCCAAGUGGGCUUCCCUGCUACUUCUUCCACCUUAACUGUUUCUGGGGAGCCAUCUAUUGCCACAACCCAGGGAGUUAGUGAUUAUGCACCUGUUAUCUCGGAGAAAGGGAGCCAAGUGAGCAUUGAUAACGGAGAAUCGAAUCAACCACUAGACGAGGAGGCUGCCGUUCAGCUGACAAGAACAAAUUCUUACAUACCACCGGUUGUUGUGCCCAGAGGCAGACGGCGAGGUCUAUUUGGGUCACUGACUCUACUGGCUGAGGUUGAAAAUCCAAAACAUUACAACCGGAAAUCAAAAUGGUUUAUUACUUUCGUUGUUGCUGUGGCAGCUGCCGCCGCGCCCAUGGGAAGUGCUAUAUUUCUUCCUGGACUUGGCGAAGUUGCUAGAACAUAUAAUACGACAGCAACGGUUACUAAUCUUUCCGUUGCUUUGUACAUGCUGAGUAUAUCCAUAUUUCCUCUCUGGUGGUCAUCGUUUAGUGAGCGGCUGGGGCGCCGUUCAAUAUACCUUGCUUCAUUCGCCUUAUUCACUCUAUGGAGUAUUCUAUCCGCUCUCUCGGUCUCCAUUACGAUGUUGAUCAUCAUGCGAGUCCUUGCUGGGGGAGCUGCUGCGUCAGUUCAAGCAGUAGGGGCUGGUACAAUUGCCGAUGUUUGGGAUCCUAUUGAUCGUGGACGCGCUAUGGGCAUCUUCUACCUUGGUCCUCUCUGUGGUCCUCUUAUAGCCCCUAUCCUCGGUGGGAUUUUGACACAAUCUUUGGGAUGGAGGAGUACGCAAUGGUUCCUUGCAAUCUAUGGUGGCCUUAUACUGGUCUUCAUACUGUUUGCAUUGCCAGAAACUCUUGCACACCGUAAACCUCUUCCGCCUCCUCAACCAGAGAAUGGAAGCCCAGAGAUUGAACGCACUCUGAGUCGAGUGUCAUCUCGACAGGUCGUACAGCAAACGACCAGGGCUUUAAACAUGUUAAAAAUCAUCAUCAUUGAUCCUCUAAAGAUAAUUCUUUAUAUUCGUUUCCCGGCUGUUGCUCUAACUGUGUACUAUGCAAGUAUCGCUUUUGGAUGCUUGUAUGUUAUGAACAUAAGUAUAGAGAUUACGUUCAGCAGAGACCCCUAUAAUUUUUCUACUAUCAUUAUUGGCUUACUAUAUAUCCCUGGGGCGUUGGGUUAUAUUGCUGCCAGUGUUUUUGGAGGUCCUUGGAUGGACUCCAUCAUGAAAAGAGAAGCAAGGCGUGCCAAUAGAGUGGAUGCAAAUGGUAAAUAUAUAUUUAUACCCGAAGAUAGAAUGCGUGAGAAUGCAUGGGUGGGGGCACUUCUUUUCCCAUCUGCAUUGAUAUGGUAUGCUUGGACAGCAGAAAAUGGGGUACACUGGUUCGCUACGAUUGCUGCCAAUUUCUUUUUUGGCCUGGGAUCAAUGUUAAUUUUCAGCAUGUCAACGACUAUGUUGACCGAAUUUAUGCCUAAUCGGUCUUCAGCAGGUGUCGCCCUGAAUAAUUUCAUGAGAAACAUAGCUUCUUGUGUUGGGGGUGUAGUUGCUGCUCCUAUUAUAGAUGCUAUUGGAAAUGGUUGGCUAUUUACGAUUCUUGGCCUUAUUUGUCUUGCCAGCUCUGUUGUGAUCUGGGCCAUGAAGCGGUUAGGGCCACGAUGGAGAAUAACAAUGGAGGAACAGUUAAAGAAGGAAAAUGAAAAUCGAAGGUGA